GCCUCGUAUGACGCUAACGGUAUCUUACGGUUGACGCCGGCACCCGGCCACCGCUCUAUUUACGUCCGAGCUCAACAUUGAGGGCUUUCAGAUGACGAACCAGUGUCGGACAUACAACAUCGAUACACCACAAUCCACGACACCAAGGAGCCCUUUGUGACCACCCUCUACACGAAACUAACCCGGCGAUGUCACUAUUCUUUUCUCAGCCCUAUUUCGGGCCGCCAGUAACCCCCUAUUGGGGUGCUCCAAAUUCAAAUGCAAAUUUUUGCGAAGAGGACUACAUUGUUACCUCUUACAUUGCUGAAUUUGUGAAUACUGUGACGAACAUAUCAUACGUCAUAUAUGGAGCUCAUGGACUUAGUCGUCUCCGAGGGAAACCUGACGGCCCCUUGUCGUUUCUUGGCUUUCCGUACUGGGGUCUCAUUGGCGUUGGAGUCCUUUCAGCAUACUUCCAUGCGACUUUGAAAUACCACAGCCAGAUGUGCGACGAUACAAGCAUGCUUGUAGCAACUGGAUUCGUUCUCAACCGCGCUUUUACCUUUGACGUUUCUCCAUCCACGCGCCGUAUCCGCUCUCUCGGACUUCUCGCAAUACUUACGGCGGUCACGAUAUAUCACUGCGCCGCAGAUGAGAUAUUAGUGCACGUUGUGACUUUUGGAAUCAUGGUUGUUUUAGUUGGGAUAAGGACGAAGCAGCUAGUCAACGCUCGCAUCACCGACUUGGAUGAGAAAAGACGGGUGAAGAAGCUGGUGAACUUUGGCACAGCGAUGUCUGGUAUUGGUUACUUCCUUUGGAACAUUGAUAUGCACUUGUGCCCGAUGCUCCUAUCUCUUCGGCACAAAGUCGGUCUACCUUUCGGCAUUUUUUUGGAGCUACACGGCUGGUGGCACAUCCUGACCGCCAUCGGCGCAUACACCUUCAUGAUUUUGGUUGAGCAUCUUACGACAGAUAAGACAGACCGCGCGGAAGACUUCUUAUGGCCACUCAAAGGCUCGUUGGAUAAUUCCAAAGAUCAGGAGAAGAAGAACUAGACCGAUAUUGGAUGUAGGAUGUCCUCAGUGGAAGGACUGUCCACCAGGAAAGGUUGAGGAAUACGGCCUGUAGACAACAUACGUAAUGCAUAUAGAGUGAGGUCGCUCUGUGGAAGUUGGCUCUUAGAGGAGCCAAUAAUAUUCAGCUUUCACAGUAUCAGAUACCUACCAGAGCUAACUCCCGGAAUAUUUCCGCAUCCAUCGUACAAUACAUGCCCUGUCGAGAGAGCUCUCAAGG